AGAAUUAAAAAGGAGAGAGAAUUGACCUCUUUCGGAGUUCCGCCUCUUCCUCCGAUCGCCAUGGGACGAGCGGCCGUGGCGAUCGCCUUCCUUUUCGCUUGCCUCUUUUUCUCACUGGACGUCGCAGGAUGCCUUUCUCAUCAGGAUUUUAUUGGAGCUGCUGGAACCAGAACUCUUUUGCAAGAAGAUGUUAAAAAACACGAAGUACAUUGUUCCAGAGAAAGGAGCAGGAUUGCCUCAAAAAUCAUUGACCAGUAUUUAAUGCCAUUUGUAGAGCAAGAGCAAUACCAUCUACCCAAUAAGUGCAGGCUCCAUCAUGAUAAUGAUAUAUUCCGGGAACAAGAAGAACAUAAAAUCCAUGUGGAUAUCAAUGAGUGGCGUUGCGGCUUCUGUAAGAAAAGUUUCCGAGCUGAAAAAUUCCUUGAUCUACAUUUUGACAACCGGCACUCUAACCUGCUGGAUGAUAUUCAAGGGCGAUGCUUGGCAGACUUAUGUGGAGCAUUGCAUUGUGAUCAGAUGGUAGAGUCCAAGAAAGCCAAGACAAAAUGCAAUCCUGCAGCUGCUGCUAGGAAUCGUCAUCUUUGCGAGAGCCUGGCAGACAAUUGCUUUCCCACUAGUCAAGGCCAUUCAGCAAGUCGUCUCCAUGAAUUUUUCUUGCGUCAAUUUUGUGAUGCUCACACAUGCAGUCAGGGCAAGAAGCCUUUCUCUCAGGGUGGCAAGAAGCAAACUAGUGUCUUCUACCUAGCUGUUUCCAUAUUGAUAGUCAUGUUGCUGCCUCUGUUCUAUGUAUUGGUUUAUCUGCAUCAGAGAGGAAUGAAAAGGGGGAUCCAAGACUUGAAACGCAUCUCAAAAGCAGGGAAGAAGACAAAGUCUUAUUAGCUGCUUGCUUUCUAUAUACAAGAUAUUUAACCUUGGGGAACGGUCAUUUGGUGGAUGACUAUUCACCAUGUAAUCUUUUGGGCCUCAACCUUCCAUAUGUACACCACAGGUAGCUGGUUUUGCUCAUCUGAUAAAUAACUAGGUUGACGGAUCAGAGAUCAGACAUAUAGAAGUCCUCGCUGAUGUAAUUUAUUAUUUUUUUUUGUAAAAUGCAUUGUGAAGCAUACAUCGUUUGGUAGGCAUAAAGUAGGUCGGUUAUAAACUCUGGCACUUUGAUUUUUCAAUGUACAUUAUACCUGAUGUAUAUUUCAUGAAUUCUAUAUUACGCAGCUACCAAGCAAUUUGAAAUAGUAUUUAUUAGAAACUA